UGUCAGGAUCGCUGCAGAGAUCCCGCUGCCUCGGCUCUCACGAUUAAUCGUCGGGAUGGUGUUGACAGCGAGAGGCAGCAAGCGGACGUUUUUACACGUUUAAAUAAAUGUCAGGACCUGAUAAAAUUUAUUUAUUCAAGUCCAAGUCAGGUUCUCCGCAACAACACCGUUUGUGGAGGAAGACGGUGCUGCCUGUCCGAGGACGACGUUAAUGUUAAUGAUGGAAUUCCCAGUCGCUGCUGCUAGAUGGAGAAACCGAAAGGGUGGACUCGUUAUAAAUAAUUAGAAAAAAAGAGAGCCCGUCUGCUGCUAAAAUAAAAGGAAAAUGCAUCUGCACCAGGUGCUGACGGGAGCUGUGAACCCAGGAGACUGCUGCUAUUCGGUGGGAAGUGUGAACGACAUUCAGUUCACGGCCUAUGGCUCAGGAUGCGAUGUAGUGAUCUUGGCUAGUGACUUUGAGUGUGUUCAGAUUAUCCCGGGAGCUCAAAAUGGAAACAUACAGGUGGGCUGUGUGGAGUGCUCCCACCAGCUUGGCAGGAUUGCUGCAUCCUACGGAAACACAGUCUGCAUCUUUGAACCUCUUUCUAUCAACCCAAAUAAACGCCACAAGCAGCUUAACUAUCAGUGGCAAAAGACAGGACAGUUCUUCCUUGAUGCCAUCACCUACAACCUGGCCUGGGACCCACAAGGGAACCGUAUCCUAGCAGCAACCGAGCGACUCCAGCUGUGGGCACCUCCACUGACGGAUGCCCUGAUAGAGGAGGAGGAUGGGCAGAUGAUUGACGACAAGCCCCACCCUGUCCUCAGUGACUGGAACUGUGUCUGGCAGUGCAAGACCGCUGCGUCUGUCCACGCAGCCAAGUGGUCUCCUGAUGGAGAGUAUUUUGCCACAAUUGGAAAGGAUGACUGUUUACUCAAGGUUUGGUAUCCCACUACUGGCUGGAGAGCCGCAGUGGUGGUCCAGGACCCAUCUGAUAAAAAGCCUCUUCCUGUUCACUUCUCCUUUGUUUACUUGGCUCAUCCUCGCUCGGUCACUGGUGUGUCCUGGAGGAAGACCAGCAAGUACAUGCCCAAGGGUUCAGUGUGCAAUGUGUUGCUGACAUCUUGUGAGGAUGGAGUGUGUAGAUUAUGGUCGGAGACCCUGUUACCUGAAGACAGUCUGCUUGGUGGACAGAUCACUGAGAACACACAGUCCUUCAGCUCUAGCCUGCCAGGCCUGGCAGGCAAUAAGGACAAGAUCCAACAUGCUUUGGAGUCAAUCCACCACCUAAAACAUCUGCGCCGUGGCCGGCGACGGUCCUCUGCUUUGGUGGCACACAGUGAGCUGCUGCCCUCUCAGCUGGGCACACAGGAUGCACACACUCACCGCCACAUCGCUCAUCAUGCCAAUGCCCUGUGUCACUUCCAUAUCUCGGCCAGUAUUAAUCCCAACACAGAUAUCCCAUCAGUGCUAGCUGACUCUGCAGUGUUUAACCCAGACGAUGGCACAGGUGGCGGAGGCUUUGUGGUUCACUGGCUCAAUAAUAAGGAUCUUAGCUUCACUUCAUCCAUGGACCUUUUUAUGCUGCAACUCCGUAAAUUCUCUGAACAACAGCUGGACCAAACUACUGAGGACCCCUUGGAUCCUGAAGGAUCCCCUAUGAAGUUUGACUUUGACCUGGAUGAGAUGUCUGACAAAGCAUCCUCAGAGCAAGGAGAAGAGGGUGAGUCAGGGGAGCAGGGAAGCACCAAGGCAUCCUCCCCAGGAUCCAGCUCUAGCAUGCCUCUGCCUUCCAUGCUGCUAGAGAGGAAGAUGGAGACUCUGAUCACAGAGUGGAACAAGAGCCCGGACAUGCUGUUUACCAUCCAUCCACUGGAUGGAUCUUUCCUGGUUUGGCAUGUAAAAUACUUGGACGAAUUCAACCAGGGCAUCUUCAGACAGGUUCAGGUGUCCUUCUCCUCCCGUAUUCCGGUGGCGUUUCCCACAGGAGAUGCCAACUCACUGAGUAAAAACAUCCUCAUGUAUGCCUGCACUUUGACUGAGGGUGUAAGCGCUGGAGUAGGCAAGCAGGGAAGGAUAGUCCAACAUGUGUCCCACUCUGCUUCAGCCUCAGCUGGCCUUAGUUCUGCUGCUGUGACCUCCCCUCCCAACCCUCACAUUAGUCCAGCUGUCAUGAUGGUCUCCAAGCAUGUUGAUGGAUCUCUUAACCAGUGGGCUGUGACAUUUGCAGAGCGUUCUGACUUCUCCAAUGUACUGACAGUAUCUCAUAAGUUCCGGUACUGCGGCCAUCGUUUCCAUCUGAAUGACCAAGCUUGUCACACAGUGCUGCCGCUGCUGCUGACCUCCUCUCACCACAAUGCCCUGCUCACCCCUCCCUCAGCCCCUGGAAGUUUGGAAGGAGAGCAGCCUCCUACCUUUCCCCUACCAAAGGGUCUUCCCAGGAAGCAGCUUCGUAAUGCAGCUACAAGGACCUUCCAUGACCCCAACGCAAUCUACAGUGAGCUGAUUUUGUGGCGAGUGGACCACAUUGGACCCCUGUCCUGCACUGGAGGCGUCUCAGAAUUGGCCCGUAUCAACUCUCUGCACACCUCUGCCUUCAGCAAUGUUGCUUGGCUACCCACGCUAGUACCCAGCACUGUACUUGGAACUUACUGUAACAGUGCCAGUGCCUGCUUCGUGGCAUCAGAUGGUAAAAACCUGCGUCUCUAUCAAGCUGUUGUGGAUGCCAGGAAACUACUGGAUGAGCUGUCAGAUCCUGAAACAUCUAAACUCGUGGGCGAAGUGUUCAAUAUCGUCAGCCAGCAGUCCACAGCCAGACCCGGCUGUAUCAUAGAGUUGGAUGCUAUUACAAACCAGUGUGGAGCCAGUACACAGCUGCUACAUGUCUUCCAAGAGGACUUCAUUCUAGGUUACAAGCCCCAGAAAGAACCAGAAGCAAACACACCAGCCUUUCCACCUGGGGGAGAUUACCAACCUCCUCCCUUCUCUGAGAAGUUUUUCCUGGUGGUGAUCGAAAAGGAUCUCAACAGGAACUCUGUUCUACAGAUGUGGCAUCUACAUCUUAAGUCUGUGCAGGCCUGUGUGGAUGAGCCAAGCCCAGAUUACAGCUUCCAGAGCCAGCUGAUGGUUCCCAAUCAAGUUGUGAAUGCUGACUCAUCUCCAGAGACGUCUCCUGUCAGACCCUUGCCACGGUCAACUUCAACAGCUAACUUGCAAUCUGCUAGCAAACUGAUCCUCAGCUCGAAGCUGGUUUACAGCAAACGCCUUGACCUUCCUCAUGGGGUGGAGGUUACUAGGGCGACCCCAUCUGCAGGACAUCUGAGUUCCUCCUCUAUUUACCCCGUGUGCCUGGCUCCAUACUUGAUUGUUACAACCUGCUCUGAUUCCCGAGUGCGGUUCUGGCACUGUGCUGUGGAGGGUGAUGAUGGGAAUGGUAUGGAUGGCGAGGACAACCGGGUGUACCGCUGGGAGCCCUGGGCUCUGAUGAAUGAAGAGGAGGACAACAACAGUGCUGUGUGUGUGUCAGGCCGGCCUGUAGCUGUGUCGUGUUCUUACAUCGGCAGGCUGGCUGUGGCUUUCAAACAGCCACGACAAGGACAGAGUCUAAGUUCCAGAGAAGACUUCUCUAUGCAUGUGUCCAUCUACGAGUGUGAGUCUACUGGUGGCUCAGAGUGGGUUUUAGAGCAAACUGUCCACCUGGAUGAUUUCGCCAGACCCUCUUCCACCCUGGAUCCAAGAGUCAGUGUGGACUCAAAUCUCUUUGUCUACAGCAGGUCUGACUUGUACAUGAGCAGAGACCAUAGCUCACCCAACAUUAAGCACUACGUGCACUUGGACUGGCUGUCAAAGGAGGAUGGAUCGCACAUCCUCACCGUGGGAGUGGGCUCUAACAUUCUUAUGUAUGGCCGUAUCUCUGGCGUGGUCAAUGAGCAGACUAGCAGCAAGGAGGGUGUGGCUGUUAUCACCCUUCCUCUAGGGGGCAGUAUCAAACAGGGGAUCCGCUCACGCUGGAUUUUGCUUCGGACCAUUGACCUCCUGUCAUCUGUGGAUGGCACCCCAUCGCUGCCGGUCUCCCUUUCCUGGGUAAGGGAUGGCAUCCUAGUAGUGGGCAUGGACUGUGAAAUGCAUGUGUAUGCACAGUGGCAUCAGGACAAGAAGCCCGGUGAGGGAGAAGAAGGCAACCUUUCAUCAGCAGACAUAGCCGGAGGUCAAAGCACAGUGUCCUCCUCGAUCUUUGAAGGGAGGGCCAGGUCAAAGAGUGUGUUUGAGGGGAGUACUGCAGUAGAUGAGGCCCUUCGUGCCCCGGCAGGACUUCAAGAAGGAGGACUCUUUGAAGCAGCUCACUCGCUGUCCCCAACUCUGCCUCAGUACCAUCCAACCCAGCUGCUGGAACUCAUGGACCUGGGCAGAGUUCGGCGUGCCAAGGCCAUCCUCGCCCACCUGGUAAAAUGUAUUGCUGGGGAAGUCGCUGUGGUUAGGGAUGUGGAGGCAGGUGAGGGCGGAGCCAGGAGACAUCUGUCUCGGACAAUCAGCGUUACUGGCAGCACAGCAAAAGACACCAUAGUGUCGGGCCGUGACGGAGGCAGGGACUACACAGAGAUCAACUCCAUCCCUCCCUUGCCUCUGUACUCCCUCAUGUUGGCUGAUCUAGACACCUCUUAUAAAGGACCUGAAGAGAAUGCUAAGGGAACUAAAGGGACUGAUGGUGAGGCAGCCCAAAAGUCCACAGAGGACCAGUAUGCUGACCUCUUCCAGGUGCCAACAGUUACCACGGAUGACUUUGUAAACUUUGCCACAGAUAAACCAGAGAAAAAAUCCCGAGUUAUUAACCUCUCUCAAUAUGGGCCUACAUAUUUUGGACCAGAACAUGCUCAGGUGCUGUCCAGUCAACUCAUGCACUCCAGCCUUCCAGGCCUGACCCGCCUAGAGCAGAUGUUCUUGGUGGCCUUGGCGGAUACUGUUGCAACCACAAGUGCUGAGGUCGCAAGCUCCACUGAUCAACAGUACACAGGUGGCGAGGCUCUUGAUGAGUGUGGACUAAGGUACCUGCUCGCCAUGCGUCUUCAUACCUGCCUGCUCACCUCUCUGCCCCCACUCUACCGCAUGCAGCUGCUCCACCAAGGCCUCUCAACAUGUCACUUUGCAUGGGCGUUCCACUCAGAGGCAGAGGAAGAGCUGCUGAACAUGAUCCCAGCAAUGCAGAGAGGCGACCCACAGUGGUCUGAGCUCCGGGCCGUGGGUGUGGGUUGGUGGAUAAGAAACAUCAACACUCUGAGGAAAAUGGUGGAGAAGUUGGGAAAAGCUGCAUUCCAGAGGCAAAAUGACCCUUUAGAUGCUGCCCUGUUCUACUUGGCCAUGAAGAAGAAAGCUGUCCUGUGGGGACUCUUCAGGUCUCAGCAUGACGAGAAGAUGACUCAGUUCUUCAAAAACAACUUCAGUGAAGACCGCUGGCGAAAGGCAGCUCUCAAAAAUGCUUUCUCCCUACUGGGAAAGCAGCGCUUUGAACAGUCGGCUGCCUUCUUCCUGUUGGCUGGUUCCCUCAAAGAUGCCAUAGAGGUAUUGCUGGAGAAGAUGGAGGAUCUCCAGUUAGCCAUGAUAGUAGCAAGGCUGUAUGAGGCUGAUUUUGAGAAUUCAUCCACCUGCCAAGGCCUCCUUUAUGAGAAGGUCUUGGGCUGCAAUAGGGAUGGGAGUGGUUACCACUGUUCCAGGUUGCACCCCGAUCCGUUCCUCCGCAGCAUAGCCUACUGGAUCAUGAAAGACUACACGCAAGCUUUGGACACAUUAUUGGAGCGAAUCCCAAAAGAGGACGAUGAGAAUCCUGAUGUGAUGGUUAAGGCUUGCAACCCUGUGGUGUUUAGCUUCUAUAACUACUUAAGGACACACCCUUUGAUCAUUCGCCGCCACUUUGCAAAUCCAGCGGGCACAGCAACAACAGUAGGCCUCACUGCUGAAAAGAGCAGCGCAGACGAGAUCAACCUCAUAGAGCGCAAACUGUUCUUCACUACAGCCAAUGCACACUUCAAGGUGGGCUGCCCAGUUUUAGCUCUGGAAGUACUUUCCAAGAUCCCCAAGGUUUGCAAGAAGUCUGGCUCAUCGCCUCUCAGCAAGGCUUCAUCCAAGGCCAAUUUAAACACAAGCCAACCCUUGGAAAAUGGCACUCAGGGAGGUUUGGACUGGGGCUCUCCAGCAGCACCGACACAGGCCUGGGGAGGAAAUGAUGGCACUGGUGGGUUGGACUGGAGCCAGCCUACGGUGAAGGUAGAGGAAGAUGAGCUGAAGCUGGAAUGGGGAGAUGACAAGGAAGAUGAUGAGGAUGAGGACGAUGAUGGUCUGACCAUGAAGAAACCAGAGCUGGAAACCGAAGGAGAAGAAGGUUCAGGAAAAGGCAGCCAGAAACUGCAAAGAGAGGACUCACAGGGCGAGUCGGAGGUCGACGUGAUAGCAGAGCAGCUGAAGUUCCGUGCCUGUCUGAAGAUCCUCAUGACAGAGCUGCGUACAUUGGCUACAGGCUUUGAGGUGGACGGAGGGAAGCUCCGCUUUCAGCUCUACAACUGGCUGGAGAAGGAGAUAGCAGCCAUGCAUAAAAUCUGCAACUACAAGGUGGAAGGAAAGGAGGAAGAGUCAGAGGUGGAGCGCUGGGGAGAACGCUCAACAUCGGUGGACAUAUCAGAUGACGUAUUGGAGCGAACAGAUGCCGGAGCCUAUGAGCGUCACCAGAUGGAGCGCCGCCGGCUUCAGGCCAAACAGCAGCACUCUGAGAGGCGCAAGGCAUGGCUGAGGAAGAACCAGGCCCUGCUCAGAGUGUUUCUAUCCUACUGCAGCCUUCAUGGAGCCAAGGGAGGCGGAGUCACCUCUGUUCGCAUGGAGCUUCUGUUCCUCCUGCAGGAGAGCCAGCAGGAGACCACAGUGAAGCAGCUGCAGUCCCCAUUGCCUCUGCCUACUACACUGCCCCUGUUAUCUGCUUACAUUGCCUCCACCAAGACGGUCAUAGCCAACCCUGUUCUCCACCUCAGCAAUCACAUACACGACAUCCUCUACACCAUCACACUCAUGGAGACCCCACCACGUCCGGACAUCAUGGACGAUCGGGUGAACGCUCUGCACACGCUAGCAGCAUCUCUGUCUGCUUGCAUCUAUCAAGCACUGUGUGACAGUCACAGCUACAGCACUCAAACAGAGGCCAACCAGUUUACAGGGAUGGUUUACCAGGGCCUUUUGCUCAGUGAGAGGAAACGACUCCGCACAGAAAGCAUUGAAGAGCAUAUUACUCCCACGUCUGCACCUGCACAGUGGCCAGGUGUGUCGUCCCUGAUUUCAUUGUUGACAUCCGCGAGGGACGAGGACCAGCCAAAGCUCAGCGUGCUCCUGUGUGAAGCUGUUGUGGCAGUUUAUCUUUCCCUGCUAAUCCAUGGCCUGGGCACUCACAGCAGCAAUGAACUCUUCCGCCUGGCAGCACAUCCCCUCAAUAACCGGGUGUGGGCCGCAGUCUUCGGAGGAGGGGCCAAAGUCGUCAUUAAACCAAAGAGGCCUGAGGCUCCACCAGUGCCAGCUGAUUUUGAGGCAGCCAGGCCAGAGGAGUCUCAAGAGACAGGAAGACCAGAGCAGAGCAACUUCACCUCAAACCCCACUGUCACCCCUACUGAAACCCAGCGCCCUAAACGUCCCCCUCCUCCUGUUUUAAGGGAAGAGGGGGUGGGCACUGUGGUAUCUGCAGCUAACACCAGCUCACCAGCUGGGCCUAGCAACGAGUAUUCAGAGGCCAAUGCUGAGCAGCCCACUAUAUGUGAAUCUGAGACUAAACCAGUGGCUCCCCCUCAGCCCCCAGCAGAGGAUGUGGACCGAUACAGACGCAGAUUCAACAUGAGGAUGCUGGUUCCUGGACGCCCUGUAAAGGAGACACCUGCCACGCCGCCUCCUGUUCCCGUUGAAAGACCCACCUACAGGGAGAAGUUCAUUCCCCCAGAGCUGAGCAUGUGGGACUAUUUUGUGGCCAAACCUUUCCUGCCGCUGUCAGACAGCAGCGCUCUGUAUGACUCAGACGAAAGCGGUGCCGAGGAUGACGAAGAUGAUGAUGACGCCUUCCUAUCUGACACACAGAUGACUGAGCACUCUGACCCCAACUCUUACAGCUGGUUUCUGAUCCGCCUGGUCAUGGUGAAACUGGCUUAUCACAAUGUCAAGAACUUCAUUCCUCUCACUGGCCUGGACUUCACAGAGCUGCCAGUCACGUCCCCUCUGAGCAAUGCUGUCUUGAAGACUUUAGAGACCUGGGAGCAGCUUCUGUUGGAGCGAAUGAAUACGUUUGAUGGCCCACCUCCCAACUACAUCAACACUUACCCUACUGACCUCAGCUCAGGAGGUGGCCCUGCAAUACUGCGACAUAAGGCCAUGCUGGAGCCUGACAACACACCCUUCAAGACAAGGAACCACCAGUCCUUUCCAGCCCGACGUCUGUGGCAUUUUCUGGUCAAACAGGAAGUUCUUCAGGAGACAUUAAUCCGUUACAUCUUCACAAAGAAAAGGAAGCAGAGCGAGUCUGUAGAGAACCAUACGGACCGUAUAAGCCCACACUGCAAAGCAGGAGCUAGCAGUUCCUAUAAGGUGGAGGCUGAUUUGGGCUACCCAGGAGGAAAAGCUAAAAUCAUUCACAAGGAAUCUGAUAUAAUCAUGGCAUUUGCCAUAAAUAAGGCUAACUCUAAUGAAAUAGUGUUGGCUUCCACCCAUGAUGUCCAAGAGGUUGAUGUGUCCAGUCUAGUGGCUGUCCAGCCCUACACGUGGAUUGGGGAGGACUUUGAUAAGGAGUCCCGCAGCUCUGAUGAUGUAGAUCAUCGUUCUUCGCACACCAAUAUUGCCCAGGCUAGCUCCGUCCCCUUUGCACCACCGCAGAUGCCAGUCUCUGCAUCCAUGCCGUGGCUCGGUAGUGGUCAGACCAGUAUGGGAGCCAGUGUGAUUAUGAAGAGGAAUCUAAACAAUGUGAAGAGAAUGACAUCCCAUCCCAUAUAUCAGUACUACAUGACUGGGGCUCAGGAUGGUAGCGUGAGGAUGUUUGAAUGGAACAGACCUCAGCAACUCAUUUGCUUCAGACAAGCAGGCAACGCUCGAGUCACCCGUCUCUAUUUCAACUCCCAGGGCAAUAAGUGUGGAGUCGCUGAUGGAGAGGGCUUCCUCAGUCUCUGGCAGGUUAACCAGACAUCGUCCAACCCCAAACCGUACCUGAGUUGGCAAUGCCACACUAAGACCUGCGGGGAUUUCGCUUUCAUCACAUCCUCCAGUCUCAUCGCCACGGCCGGGCAGUCCAAUGAUAACAGAAAUGUUUGCCUGUGGGACACUCUGAUUUCACCUAACAAUACUAUGGUGCAUGCUUUUCCCUGCCAUGAGAACGGGGCCACUGUGCUUCAGUAUGCUCCUAAACAGCAGCUGCUGAUUACUGGAGGCAGAAAAGGCUUUGUGUGCGUGUUUGACAUCCGACAGCGGCAGCUGCUCCACACUUUCCAGGCCCAUGAUUCAGCCAUCAAGGCCCUCGCAUUGGAUGCCUUUGAGGACUUCUUCGUCACUGGCUCUGCAGAGGGCAACAUGAAGGUGUGGAAGCUAGCCGGCCACGGGCUCAUGCACUCUUUUAGCACAGAGCACGCCAAGCAGUCCAUCUUCCGGAACAUCGGCGCAGGUGUCAUGCAGGUGGAGACGCGACCCGUAAACCGAAUCUUCACCUGCGGAGCAGACGGCACCCUAAAGAUGAGGGUCCUCCCAGACCGCUACAAUAUCCCCAGCAGCUUGGUUGACGCCCUGUAAUGCUUUUUGUAAUUCUGAGGGUCCUAAGAGGAAAGGGUCAGAAAGUGGAGGAAAAAACCAAAAUGCUUCUGUAACACUCUGUAGGCAUUAAUAGAAACGCUGCUGGGGGAAGAGUUAGUCAAAAGAUUACCACGCUGUUGGCAUCUUUCAGCAUGAACGGUGUUCAUGAGUUUACUGUCGGUCGUAUCCAGAACGAUUAAAAACGGAGCUGCAAACAUUUUAUUUUCCCAAAGGCUGAAAACAAAGUUACAAGCAAACGGUAUCAUACUUGAUUUUAAAGCUAGUUUUAUUGUAAUUUUAUCGAAGAAUCUCUACUCUUAGAGUGUGUCCAUAGGGAAGCUAUGCAUGUCCUGUUCUCGUUAUGCGGUGCAAUCACAGGUCUAUUGAUAGUGCUCUGUAAAAGUGCUCAAGCAAAAAUUUUAAAAGUGUGUAACUGUCGUCAUUUUGUGCCCACAGCUGAAAUCUCUUAGCAUCUACUGUAACCAGCACUGUGGUUUGUUAUUAAGUCAGUGGUUUCCAGUGUGAAUCGAGUUGUUGGAAUCUGCAUUUUGUUUCAAUGGUUUUUGCCCCCCACCCUCCUGCCUUUUAUUUGCCCAGCUUUCUCAGCUCCGUGGAAGAGUUGAUGGUGCAUUUGCUCCUGAUAGUGACACCUGUCUGUAUCCCCCCCCCUUCUUUUUUUCCACUGGCUGCCCAUCACUCACUUGGCCUAUAAUGGUUCGGGUUCAGCCCGCUCCAGUUUGGCCCUCUGCGUGCGUGUUCACUCUGCUGUGUCUGCCAUCUGUACGUCUGCGCGCCCACCUGCCCUCAAAUGCCUGUUUGUGUGGCAGACUCACUGCUAGAACAUUCCUGUUUGGAAGACGGUGUGUUUUACUCCUGUGACUGUGAUUUCAGUGUUUCCAUCUGUCUGGUAAAACGCUAAAGAUCCACCCACCCACUCACCCCAGAGCAGAAACACAAAGGUUCACUUCUGGUUUUAUCACAAAGAUUUCUUUUUUUUUUUUUUUAAUUGAGUUGAUUUUCUUAUUUAAGUUAUUUAUGUUUGUGUUCAUUUGGUUGACCAUUCCUUUGUAAAACUAUUUAACUUAUUGCCUUUUAUUUUAGGAAUGUAAGGGGUUUUACUGUAAUCUGACUGGGAGAUGUGCAACAGUCUACUGUAUGUAAGUGUGUGUUUACCUCACUAGUUGUUUUUACUGUUUCAUCCAUAAGGAAUAGAUAUUUGCACUCAAAUUCUGGAGACACUAAAAGUUUAUUUCAAAUAAAUAGGUUAUUAAAGAGGAAACGAUUAUAUACAAAUGAAUGUCUGGCUUUAUUUGGCCUACUAGUACAACAUUUGAAAUAGUUUUAUUAUAAAUUAUAUAAAUAUAUAUAUAUGAACUAUCACAACAACCUUGUACAAACAUGAAGGCAUUUCUUUAUUUUUGGUUUGUAUCAUACCAGUUGGAUUAGUUGUAACUUUUGUUAAGUGUAUGUAUGGUAUUUAUUAAAGAGAUUUGUGUUUCUCUCCCUCUCUUUCUGCCCUCUGUGUGUACUGUAUGCAUCUUAAGUGUUUCCCUAAUGGUCCCACUGGUGUCGUGUGUGUGUGUCUGUGUGUGCGCACGUGUUCAUGUGCGUACGUGCACAUCAAACAGUCCAAAAGAAGCCAUUAUUAUGAGUAGAGGCCUAUUAGGGUACUUGAGCCUGAAGGUGUGUAAGAGAACAGGUCAUGAUCAGUUUUACCUUUGUAAAGUGAAUAAAUUCUUUUUAUUUCA